UGGAUAUCGAUUUUGAGACAUGUGACAUGUAGUAUUUUCAUAUUUUUUAUACACUUUCAUAUUCAUUCGAAAUUCCUGUUCUUUUAAAAGAUUUCUCACCAGCUCUGUUAAAUGUCAACACAACACUGAGCUUAUACCAAGCUUUUUAUUUUCAAAGCCUUUAACAUUGAAUUCAGCUCGUGAAAUGCUCAUUUUGCUUUUUGCAACCCGCGGAAACAACUUUGAAGAUGACUACCACAAAAAGUAAAAUCCUUUGAUAUGUUAGCGAAAGUGAAUAAACAUAUUUGUCUUCGUAAAAUCUAUUUUAUAAUAUAAGUGAAAUUUUAUCACCAAAGCACACCCUAAUUGUACUGUAUAAAGUUGUUGAAUCAAAUUUCAAUCACUCUAGAAUAAUUGUCUUAGUAUUUAAACUAGAAAAGGUAUGAACAAAACAUUGACAAAUACUGUACACUUGUCAUAGGUAGCUAUGUAGAAAUUGCUCUGGUUGAUAAAAUUCUAAUGGUCCUUCUCUUAUUUCAGUUCAUGUGAUAAAACAAGCUAUCCAUUGUGCCAUUAUUAAAUGCUGUGAAACAUAUUUUCAAUAACCCAAAACACAGUAUUUUUCAGCUGUUUGAAACUGAUCUACAAAACGAAAGUUAAAAGACCCAAAAAUGAAACUUAUGAACGGGAAGCAUAGAAACGGCCGUACAUAGAAUGCAUCUAUCGCUCAGACAUGCUCAGACAUGCUUUCAAUGAGAGUGACAGAUCUACAACUCACAUUUCUAUGUGAAUUUGGUUGCGUCGCCCAAAAACCGACAUACUUGCGCCUAGAUUACGCAUUUUAUUAAUUGAGCCUUUUCAGUCUUGUUUGUGUUUGUGCCCAUUGUUGUACUUUGUAUCAUAGCAUCAUAAAGUGGCUGCCAAUCCUGAUUACCAAGCAAUUGAUUUACCAAGAGAUAGAGAUAAAGAAAAUAUAGGUUCUGUCCCAGGAGAAACGGAUACAUUGCUGCCAGCCCAAGUAACUGAUAACAUGAGCUCGGAUGAAACGAGCAGGAACAGUGAUCGGCCCAUGUGUCAACCAAUAACGUUCAACCGUACCUCUGUGAAAUGGAGCCAGCAGGUGGAGACAGAGUACUCACUGUAUACAUUCGCCUCAGCAGACAGUGAGAUUGAUUUAUAUGGCUCUGGUCUUCAUAUAAAUCAGAGCCCUACGGUUGAGGACCCUCUGCCUGCUUUAGGCCAGAUGCAGGAUAGCAGAAUAGUACAUGGUACCAGACUGGACUGUACCAUAUGUGUGCAGCACAGUGACCAAGCUGUGAAGUUCUGCCAGGACUGCAAGGCUACUUUCUGUGUGAACCAUGUUAGAGACCACUACCAGGCCCCGGGACUGAUGAAACACACAUUGGUGGAGGCCACUGAAGGAAGGAAAACCGUUCCAAAUGUAGACCAUCACGUCCAUGAAACAUAUGUUGAAACAGAACAAACUGCGACUCAGGUCUGCUCAUGGAAAACAGCCUUCUUCAUCAGUCUUCUGGGGAUUCUCAUACUGGUACUUGCCCUGGUAGGACUUGUAUGUUAUACACGAUUGUGUGUCACUGUACACGGGUCUGAGGUGGGAUUUCAGCAACGGAUUGUUCUGCUGGGGAAGUCUGGAUCAGAGAAGAGAGCAUCAGGAAACACCAUCCUGGGAAGAGAGGCCUUUAGAGUGGAGGCUUCACCUUCGUAUGGGCCACAGUGUGAGGAACAAGAUGCUGUUGUGGGCCGAAAUAACAUAACUAUGAUUAACACCCCAGAUGUGUUGCCAUCUGAGGAAGUUGCAGGUAAAGUAGCUCAAUGCAUCAACAUCUCAACACCUCAUGUGUUCCUGCUGGUGGUCAGGUUGUGCAACUGGUGCACAGAAGAGGAGAAGAAAACGGUCAUAUGGAUGAAUGAGAACUUUGCGGAGGAGGCCCUUAAAUACACCAUGGUGCUGUUCACUGGUGGAGACCAGCUAGAAGGGAAACCAGUGGAGGAGUAUCUAAAGGACAACAGUGAUUCCUUAAAGCUUCUCAGUAUGUGUGGUGGUAGACAUCACGUCUUCAUUAACAAAGAAAAGGAUGACCUCACUCAGGUCACAGAGCUGCUGGAGAAGAUAGACGGAGUAUUGAAUGAGAAUAGGGGAUACUAUCAUGUGACAAACAUCUUGACCCGGAGGGCGGAGGAGAUCAGGAGGAGGGAGGAGGCUCUGAGAAAGAUACUGGAACAGGAGGUUAGAAAGAGGGAUGCAGCCAUAGCAACGAUAAGAGAGGAAGAGGAGAAAAAGAGGGAUGCAGCCAUAGCAACGAUAAGAGAGGAGGAGGAGAAAAGGAGGGAGACUGAAGAGAGAAAAGUCUGUGAGGGGGAAGAUGAAGGGAGGAAGGUCAUUGAUAAUCUGGCAUUGAAAGUCUCAGGCUCAAAAAUGUAUGUAGGAGUAACAGUGAUCACAAUGAUCAUACUGAUUGUCCUUUAGUGAUCCUAAACUGAAUAUUAGGGAGUCUCUUCAUUCAUCAUCUGAACAUUAGAGUCUCUUCAUUCAUCAUCUGAACAUUAGGGAGUCUCUUCAAUCAUCAUCUGAACAUUAUAGUCUCUUCAUUCAUCAUCUGAACAUUAGGGAGUCUCUUCAUUCAUCAUCUGAACAUUAGGGAGUCUCUUCAUUCAUCAUCUGAACAUUAGAGUCUCUUCAUUCAUCAUCUGAACAUUAGGGAGUCUCUUCAUUCAUCAUCUGAACAUUAGAGAGUCUCUUCAUUCAUCAUCUGAACAUUAGGGAGUCUCUUCAAUCAUCAUCUGAACAUUAGGGAGUCUCUUCAUUCAUCAUCUGAACAUUAGAGAGUCUCUUCAUUCAUCAUCUGAACAUUAGAGAGUCUCUUCAUUCAUCAUCUGAACAUUAGAGAGUCUCUUCAUUCAUCAUCUGAACAUUAGAGAGUCUCUUCAUUCAUCAUCUGAACAUUAGGGAGUCUCUUCAUUCAUCAUCUGAACAUUAGGGAGUCUCUUCAUUCAUCAUCUGAACAUUAGGGAGUCUCUUCAUUCAUCAUCUGAACAUUAGAGAGUCUCUUCAUUCAUCAUCUGAACAUUAGAGAGUCUCUUCAUUCAUCAUCUGAACAUUAGAGAGUCUCUUCAUUCAUCAUCUGAACAUUAGAGAAUCUCUUCAUUCAUCAUCUGAACAUUAGAGAGUCUCUUCAUUCAUCAUCUGAACAUUAGAGAGUCUCUUCAUUCAUCAUCUGAACAUUAGGGAGUCUCUUCAUUCAUCAUCUGAACAUUAGGGAGUCUCUUCAUUCAUCAUCUGAACAUUAGAGUCUCUUCAUUCAUCAUCUGAACAUUAGGGAGUCUCUUCAAUCAUCAUCUGAACAUUAGAGUCUCUUCAUUCAUCAUCUGAACAUUAGGGAGUCUCUUCAUUCAUCAUCUGAACAUUAGGGAGUCUCUUCAUUCAUCAUCUGAACAUUAGAGUCUCUUCAUUCAUCAUCUGAACAUUAGGGAGUCUCUUCAUUCAUCAUCUGAACAUUAGAGAGUCUCUUCAUUCAUCAUCUGAACAUUAGGGAGUCUCUUCAAUCAUCAUCUGAACAUUAGGGAGUCUCUUCAUUCAUCAUCUGAACAUUAGAGAGUCUCUUCAUUCAUCAUCUGAACAUUAGAGAGUCUCUUCAUUCAUCAUCUGAACAUUAGAGAGUCUCUUCAUUCAUCAUCUGAACAUUAGAGAGUCUCUUCAUUCAUCAUCUGAACAUUAGGGAGUCUCUUCAUUCAUCAUCUGAACAUUAGGGAGUCUCUUCAUUCAUCAUCUGAACAUUAGAGAGUCUCUUCAUUCAUCAUCUGAACAUUAGAGAGUCUCUUCAUUCAUCAUCUGAACAUUAGAGAGUCUCUUCAUUCAUCAU